CAACCAAAUCAGUUAUUAGUUUUGAUAAACUAUGAUUUCUCACACCAUAAACCAAUUUCUCUUCUUCACCAUCUUCACCACAUUCUUAUGUCUCUCUUCAUGUGAGGAUGACAUCCCAAACAAGUACUCCACCAUAUUGGGUCCUAACAAUGACAAGCUUCCAACUCAAGAUGAAGCUAUACAACUAUUCCAACUAUGGAAGAAAGAACAUGGACGUGUCUACAAUGACCUAGCACUCAUGUCUAAAAAAUUUGGCAUUUUUCUUUCUAAUUUAAGGAUUAUCACAAACGCUAAUAGAGAAAGAAAGUCAUCUGAUGACAUUCUUCUUGGCCUUACAGACUUUGCUGAUAUGAGCUCAAAGGAUUUCCAAGAAAGUUACUUAUACGACAUUGAUAUGUCCAGCAACACCAUGAAACCGCAGGAUGAUGAUCAAUUACAAAGCGUUAGUAUUCCUAGAUCCUGGGAUUGGAGGUUACACGGAGCUGUAACCGAAGUCAGGGAUCAAAUUCGUCCGUGUAAAAGUUGCUGGGCAAUGUCAGCAGUAGGAGCUAUUGAAGGCAUAACUGCAAUAAAGACAAAGAUUCUUAACCCACUUUCAGUUCAAGAGCUUCUGGAUUGUGACAAACAUAGUUUUGGUUGCGAUGGGGGAUUUGUCAGUAACGCAUACGAUUGGGUUAUCAAGAAGAAGGGGAUGACAGAUGAACAUGAUUAUCCUUAUACCGCGCGGAAGGGUCCGACCUGCAAAGCUUCAUUGUUUCCCAAACGUGCAAAUAUUUAUUCAUAUUAUGGCGUAAAGGGAUAUGAAAACGACAUGUUAACUGCAACUUAUCAGCAGCCAAUUAGUUCGUGUCUUUAUGUUGUGCCAGAAGAUUUUCAACAUUACAUUAGGGGAAUAUAUGAUGGUCGCAACUGCCCGGAGGAUCCAAAACUAGCAAAUCAUUGCAUGUUAAUAGUUGGUUAUGAUACUGCAUUGAAUCAAGAUUUUUGGAUUGUGAAGAACUCGUGGGGAAAGACAUGGGGAGCGGAUGGUUAUAUGUUUAUCAAAAGAAACAAUGGUAGACAAUAUGGUGUGUGUGGCAUCAAUGCAUGGGCUUCUUACCCAUACAAGCUCUAGGAGCUUAAUUACUUGUUUCACCAUAUUUGAGCAAGAAUAAGUUAAAGUAUGCAUUACAGUUAAUAAUUAGUAUAAAAGUUUGAAUGUUUCAGACUAAAUAAUGUAUGGAUGU